AUGGCAAAUCCGUUCAAUGGGCCUCCAUUCUUUCCAAAUUCCAUGGGCUGCCAGUUUCCUGGAACUCUAAAUGCAGGGCAAUCUAAUGGAAACUCCAACGCAUUUCAAGGCCAAAAAAUUAUGAACGCUAUUAUGCUUCAGGGGAAACUAAUGCAGCAAAUUGCUGUCUCUCCGCUUCGUGCGAAUAAAACAAUUGGAAAAUCCCUUUACCCUUAGAGUAUCAAAAUAUUUUAAUAUAUAAGUGAUAAUUAGUAUUAAAAAUUUAAACAAUUUACAUUUGAAAACAUAAAUUGUUUACAAAAAUUUAAUUAAUUUUUCUCCAAUUGGGGAUUUUUUAUUUUACUCUAAAAUUUAUAUAUAAAUUUUUUUAAAAAAAAUUAAACCCUCUGAGCAAAUAAAUUUUUUUUUUUUAACAGAUGGGGGAGUGAACAGAAUGAAAAUUUGCACAACAAGCUAGCAGAUAUUAGAAGAGAAAUUGAAAAUUUGCAAGUUCCAGGGCUUCCUUCAGACCCACAAAGUGGCAUUGUCCCUUCAAAACAGAACCUUCUGGACCUUCUAACCGGAGAAGACACAAAAUUUGAUUUUUCUCUUGAACUGUCAGGUUCAGUACCCAACCCAGUCUGUAAAGGAAAAUAUUUUUCAAUAAAAGUUUUCCUCGAGCCAGUUGGGGAGGAGAGAAUUCCUAUUGAAGAAAGAAUCCAAUUAGGGGUCUCCUUAUAUACAGCAGAAAAUCCACCAAAACUCAUUAACCAUAAUAUGUCUGGUGGAGGUAUGAUAAAAGGUCAUAGUACCAGUUGGCUGACUUAUGACGAAAACGAGCGAAAACACGCUACAUCGUUUAAAAUUCAGCUUAAUGAGGUUACGUCACAUUUUCGAAAUGGAUGGGUUUUCCUUGUUGUGCAGCCUCAGACACCUUGUGAGUAUUUAGAGCAGUCGGGGUAUAAGCUGAAGCCUUUAAUUGUAAAGCAUUUAGUUAUCAAGGCAAAAGAAACGACUUGCAAGAGGUGGAGGGAAAAACUGAAACUUAAAGGUUUUUAGUCUCCAGGUUUGAUGCCUCUGCAUGCUUCUGAUUAGAGCUACCUGAUUGGGAUGAGGAAAUUAAACUUCUAUUUGGAGCAAUAGUCUUUUUCCGAUGCCUCCUGCCAGCCAUCCACGAGGGGUGGAGAAAGGAACUGCACCUCUACAGUUCGAAGUAAAGACCGCCACCCAAAAACCAUCUCGAUGAUAAUACUUGAUGGAGUCACCUUACCCACUGCGAUUGCUAAAAACAAGCUAAGUUUUAGAGUUAAAAGGUCUGAGACCUAGAUCUAUGAUAUAAACUGAAUUUUGUUACCAUGGUUGCGUCAUCGAUAAGGACAUAAUUAUCGCAGCCAACAUGUUAAUUAUGGAGGGAAAAGGAAAAGUUAGCAAUAUUUUGCCUGAAGCAACUGAAGAUGCGUCUCAGGGCUCUCAUGAAUCGUCUGAAGAGUCAGAAGAAAAUUAA